CACACUGCUCUGCGGUUGAACUGCAGAGAGUAGCCGCAUGCCUCAACACAGUUGUCUGAGUAUGUGAACACCUUUAUAAAGCCAAACGAUUGCUAUAUUUCUCUUUGCGACUCGGCCAUCAAGAUACAAAUGCAGCUGAAAUUUGGAUCUCAUAAUUAAGGUCUGACUACUUCACCCACCUGUCACUCUGGCAGCGCAGGAGGCAAAGCGUGGGGAGGAGCUAAACCCUGGCAGCAUGGUGUCUGCCGUGGGGAGUGGCACUGUGCCCAGUCCUCAGAGUGAAGCAGUGACCAGUGUGAUGCAGGAGCUCUCCCUGCAGUCUGUACCGAGUCUACUGCCCCUGAAAGAGAGGAAGAAUGUUCUUCAGCUCAAACUACAACAGAGAAGGACGCGCGAGGAGCUGGUCAGCCAAGGAAUCAUGCCCCCGCUAAAGAGUCCGGCUGCCUUCCACGAACAGAGGAGAAGUCUGGAGAGAGCACGCACGGAGGAUUACCUGAAGAGGAAGAUCAGGAGUCGGCCCGAGAGGUCAGAACUGGUGAGGAUGCACAUUCUAGAAGAAACUUCAGCCGAGCCCUCACUGCAGGCCAAGCAGCUGAAGCUGAAGAGAGCUCGUUUGGCUGACGACCUCAACGAUAAGAUCUCCCACCGCCCUGGACCUAUCGAGCUUGUCCACAAGAACAUUCUGCCUGUGCACACACUCAUUGGUACUGAGUCUCCGAAGGGUGAGAGCUCCUCACUGGAUGAGGACAGUAGUGAUGCCCUGUCACCAGAUCCACAGGGUAGCCAGGACUCUCCUAUGGGCCUUGCCUCACAACACUCCCCCUAUGAUAUGCUGAAUAUGAAUGGAGACCUCUCGCCCAUUCAGUUCCUCAGACAGGCCCCAUCUCCUCUGCUCGGUGCGUCUGACAGCUCCCCACCACAGAAUCUAGCCAAUGAAAUUACUAUGACAAACUCUUCCCGUCCACCUACGGGACAGACAAAGCAGCAGUCAAAAUCCAGCACAGAUCGGACUUCUCAGCGACCCAAAAAACCCAAAGAUAACAAGCCCAAAGUAAAGAAACUCAAAUAUCACCAGUACAUCCCCCCUGACCAGAAGAAUGACCGUGAGCCCCCUCCUCAGCUUGACUCCUCGUACGCCAAGAUCCUCCAUCAGCAGCAGCUUUUCCUUCAGCUUCAGAUCAUCAACCAGCAACAGCAACACUACAACUACCACACUAUCCUUCCUGCCCCUCCAAAACUUCCUGCUGAAAAGCAACAACCUUCCACCAAUCCUGGCCCAUCCCAGACAACUUCCACCUGCUCUACAGCCUCCUCCAGUCAGAAUGGGCCUACUCGUCAGAGCCAGCCUACAGUGGGAGGAGCUAAGCCCAGCAAUUUGCCUGCAAACCUGGAUGAAUUCAAAGUUGCUGAGCUUAAACAUGAGCUCAAACUGAGGGGUCUGACAGUAUCAGGGACUAAGAACGAUCUCAUCGAACGACUGAAAAACUACCAGGAACAGAACUGCAGUUCCUCGGUAUCAGGGGCUGGUGCUGUGAAAACUGUGCCUGCUCAGUUACAGCAGGUUUCAACUCAGUCAUCUGGUGCUGUCCCACAUCAAGCGAAAGACACGACUGUUAAAAUGUCAGCCUUUCCCAUGGCAGCUACCACCAGGGUCCGCACCACAACUCCACCUCAAAUUAUGCGCUUCAGCAGCACUAGCUCCUCUCCUCCUGUAUCUCCUACCCCCUCUGACCGUUCUUUGGCUGGAUUGAGUCCAGAUGAGACCAGCUGCAAUGGGGAUGUGUUUGGAGAAAUGGUUAGCUCACCUCUCACCCAGCUUACCCUGCACCCCUCUCCAGAGCAUCCCUCCCCGAUUAAAGAGGAGCCUCUUGGGCAGAUGCAGGCCUCUUGCAGGCUUUCUCACCCAAGUCCACUGUCAGCUGCGCAGCCUCAAGAUCCAGCUCUGGUGACUGCAGCAGGAUCAGCAGUGCCUACUCUGGACAAAGACCAAAUGCUUCAGGAGAAGGACAAGCAGAUAGAGGAGCUGACACGUAUGCUCAGGCAGAAGCAGAGGCUUGUGGAGACCCUGCGCUCUCAGCUGGAGCAGGGUAAGCGUGGAGCAGCCACAGACGGCAUGGACAGCACCAUUACCUCUGAAAUACCAUCGCUCCCCAACGGAGUGGAGGUGAGGGUGAAGGAAGAGAUCAAGGUGGAAAUGGACACAUCAGAGGACUUACAGAAGCAAGUCCAGCCCCCGAAGAAGAUGCAGACACAGUGUUCACAGCAGACACUGCUCAAGCUGCAACAGAAUCACCGGCUUCAGGUGCAGCAGCAACAACAACUGCAGCAGCAGCACAUGCUGGUGGAGCUACCAAAUGUACAGAAACUGAGGACGCAGUUACUGGAACAUCGAAAUCAGCAACAACAAAUGCAAGUGGACCUUACAAAACUCCAGCAAGAGCAAGGGAAGACACAGGUAUUGCAACAACAGCAGCAGAAGACACAAUUACUGCAGCAGCAAAAGACACAUUUACAACAACAUCAGCAACAGCUGAAGAAUCAGUUACAGCAUCAGCAGCAGACAACACAGGUACUGCAAAAGAAGCAGCAGAAUCAACUGCAGCAGCAGCAGCAGAAGAAUCAAUUGCAGCAGCAAAAGAAGAUACAGUUGCAGCAAAAGAAGAUACAGUUGCUGCAACAGCAGCAACAACAAAAGCUACAGCAGCUCAUCAUCCAGCAGAGUCAGCAAAAGCAACUCCAAACAAAUCAGAAGCAGCAGAAAUCACAAAAUCAGCAGCAACAGCAGUUACAGACACCACAGAUUUCACAAGUGUUUGUCAACCAUCAGUCUGGUACUCAGUUUACCACAUCUUUCCCACUGGAUCUCCUGAAGGCUCACGCCACACCCACACUGGUCACUGAUAGCAACGGCAACCGUUAUCUAAUUGCACUCACCAGUAACAGUGUGGACAGCCUGACGGGAAAGUCUCCUCAGAGCAAAUCCAAUGGACGGAUUACUCUGCAGAGAUUACAGUCUACACCUACCAAGCUCCCUAGCCAAUCAUCUUCUGAGAUCACUAGUUCUGUCAACCAAUCACAAGCUGUCAGAGAGCCCAUCACCAAAGUGCAGAAAUUAGGGCUCCACUUGAACACCACUACAGUUCAAGAAUUUAGCCAGCCAGUAUCUGCACCACCCAGCUUUGAGCCCUUCUUCUGUGAGGAGUCCAACCCAUUGAGCAAAUCCUCCUCACCCCCUUCAUUUAAGGAGGAGGUUUGCCCAACCUUUGAUCGGCACACUUUGUUCACCCCUUCCUCCCCAAAGCCGAACCCUCACCUCCCUCAACCUUUCAAAGAAAAUGUCUCUAACAACCAGCAAAUAGAUGACCUGUUUGAAAUCCUAAUCAAGAGUGGAGAAAUUUCAUCUGGAUUAAAAGCCAAUCAGGACCCCUCCUUGUCAGACCUCCACUCCAGCCCUCCCACCCCCUCUCCACCUCCUUUCCCGCUCCACCUCUCACCAGCCACACAUCACCCUGACCCUAAUCCUUCCCAGCAGCUCCCAGACACACAAGGCAGACCCUGCUUGGGAACUGGCCGCCUUGAGGACUUUCUGGAGAGCACCACUGGAGCGCCUCUUCUAGGUGCGGAGCCAGAUGGUCCAUUGACAUUGAUUGAUGACCUCCACAACCAAAUGCUGAGCACUUCCAGUAUUCUGGACCAUCCCUCAUCUCCAAUGGACACCAGUGACCUGAGCUUCUCACCCCACCCAACCAGCCUAUACUUUGAAGACCCCACUCUGGAUGGCAUGGAUUGGCUGGACAUACCUGUGGGAGGAGGGAACAAUAAUUGUAACAGUGGGGGUAUGGUUCUAGCCCCUCUGAGCUCACACACACCACCCAGUGUUUUCUCUGCAGACUUUUUGGACAGUUCAGAUCUGCAGCUCCAUUGGGACUCCUGUUUGUAGCCAUUGGUCUUAAUUGCUUAACAACACACAAUUUAGCACCUUCAACCUUACUGUGGCUGUACACAAAAAACGCCAGACGCACAUGCUGUUUCUUAUGCUGUACAGCUUUAUUUUUUCUUCAUAUUCCACAAGAUUGCUGGAUGGUAUUUAAACAGGUCCUCUUAAGCACUGAAUUUUAAGCUCUUGUUUAUCAAAUCAUACUCAAAUGUUUUACAUUACACGGCACUAUUGCCUUUGCCAACAAAGAGACCAAUCUGGACCCCUGGCCACCAUCUUCCCUCUCCUCCAAAAACCCAACUAAUGUUGGCCUGACCAUUUUAUCUCCGACAAGUCCAUUCCUUGGUUCAGCUAUUAGACCAGUUGUCUGCAUCCAUGAGAUGAGUUCAUUCAGUCCUUUUGACUGCUUUCAAUCACACCAGGUAGCACAAUCUCCACUGGAAGAGAUGAUAAUCCUUCUUAAGUAGCGUGUAGUAUAUUGUUUUCUGCCCAUCUUAAAGGAAUAUUCCAGGUUCAAUACAAGUUAAGCUCAAUCGACAGCAUUUGAGGCAUAAUAUUGAUAACCACAAAAAUGUAUUUCGACACGUCCAUCCUUUUCUUUAAAAAAAGCAAAAAUGGAGGUUACAGUGAGGCACAAUGGAAGUGAAUAUGGCCAAUUUUUGGAAAGACAGAUGUUAAGCUUAUAAUUUUCUAAAAACACUUACAUUAAUUCUUCUUUUAAAACUUUUUUAAAAGUUUAAAAGAGCUGUAAAGUUUAAAUGGUCAUUUUUAGUCAUUUUAGGGUUUGUUGACAUUAGCCUACAUUGUCAUGGCAACGAAGUUGUAAAAUUGGUUAUACCUUUACACAGAAAAUUUUAGUAAGUGAUGUUAUCACACUAAAAUCAUGCUAGUUUUGAAAAAGUGAGUAUUAAAGUAUUUAACAUUAAAAAAUUGGCCCCCAUUCACUUCCAUUGUAAGUGCCUCACUGUAACCCAGAUUUUAUUUUAAUUUUAUUUUUAAGAAAAGGAGGGAUGAGUCAAAAUAAAUGUUUGUGGUAAUCAAUAUUAUGCCACAAAUGCUGUCGAUUGAGCUUAACUUGUAUUGAACCAAGAAAAUUCCUUUAAGUAAGCUAUGACCCCAGAACAACAAUGUGGUUACAGUGGUGCUGUCAUUCAGGAACUGCUGUGGAGUUAAGUGUAUUUCCUCUCUCUUAUUGGUUCCUGACAUCUCUCCCAGCAUCACAAUUUUCACACAGUGAAAAAAACUAAAAGGAUGAAAAAUAUGAAAUACCAAACCACUGCUUAUUUGGCAUUUUGGUUUCUCCUGCUUUGCACUUAAGCUGACCCAAGUGGUGCUCUGGUCUAAAGAAACAGCCCAAUGUAAUGGGCUAUGCAGGGAAUCAGGUUUGGUGACGUUCACCAGAUCUCUAUGCAUUGCUGUACUUUAGAAUCAUAAUAUUGACAAAACCUUUGUUUUUUUCCCACUGAUUGUAUUAAUUAGCUGGUGGAGGUCAGUGCUGGGGUCCAGGUUUCAGAGUAUUUGGAACUUAUUUAAAAAAAAAAAAGGAAAAUAAUAAAAGGGAAAAAAUGCUA